CAGACCACAGCCAUUGCAAACAUUCAGAUCAAUCUAUAAUGGAGUGUAUUGGUCGUCUCUGUAUCUCUCUAUUUAUUCUCUCAGGUGGAGUUAAGACAUUUGAGGUGAUUGGACAUGAAGGUAGUGCUGUCAUCAUUAGGUGUACAUAUGAUUUGCUCUAUCAAAACAACAGCAAGUAUCUCUGCAAAGGACCAUUGACUAGUUGUUCCAGUAACAUAAAGGUAGAUAGUAAAACUAGCCCUGCACAAAAUGGAAGGUUCUCUCUCUAUGACAACUCAUCAGAGGGGAACUUCAUGGUGCUCAUCACUCCGCUGACUACUGAGGACAGUGGAGACUAUAGGUGUGUGGUGGAGAACGCUCCUCCUAAUACCACUACCCACAUACAGCUGGACGUUCAGAAAGCGUUGCGAGCUGUAAAUCCAAAAGCAAUGACUGGCCUUCAUGGAGGAAGUACUGAGGUAACCUGCCCUGGAUACCAACACAAAUCCAUCUACUUCUGCCACCACCAGAGGGAGUUUACCUGUUACAAACUUACUUCAAUUGCACCAAACAAUACAAAAAUAAAAGUAGUAUCCCCUGGUACAAAUGAAGGAAAGUACUCUGUGAACUUGCACCAGCUCACUGAAAGAGAUGCUGGAGAUUAUUGGUGUGGAGCAGGAACAAAUGGAUCAUACAGCUUCAUCACUCUGACCAAGAAGACUCAUCUCUCCAUUGAGACUCAGCUGAGUGGAUAUGAAGGUGGUGAAGUUCAGAUCAUCUGUCCAUAUCACCCUGAGGAUUCUGAGAAAAUCAAAUUCCUCUGUAAGGAUAAGUGCAACAAAAACAACAGGCCUCUCAUUAAAUCUCGGAAAAAUUCACAUACGGCCAUUCAUGGCAGAUUCUCUUUGCAUGAUAACACCACUGCUGGAGUUUUUACUGUUACCAUCACUGGACUAAAACUAGAGGAUUCUGGGAAAUACUGGUGUGGAACCAACAGAACUUCUGUGUCCAUAUUUGAUUACUACACAACACUGCAAGUGACACCAAAGCCAGCUCCAUUGAAAACACCGCCACCACCAUCAUCGUCAUCCUCAUCAUCUCCAUCCUCUUCCUUCACCACAUCCUCACGACCAUCAGCCAUACCUGCAUCUCCCCCACCCCCACCACCACCACCACCACAAACUUCACCACCAUCCAGAUCUGAUUCUGUCUCCACAGCUUCCUCAUCACCUGGUGCUGUUGUGGUUGUCUGUGUGGUUCUGACUGCUGCAGCUCUGCUGCUGUUGAUCAUUGUCUGCAUGCAGAGGAGAAAGAGGACAAGAGAGCGUUUAAAUGCUGCUGAUGGUGAAACAGCUGGCAACACACAGGUUCCACUGACAGACAGGACGUAUGAGGAGAUUAAGGACCCCAGAGCCCCACAACCGACUGAAGCCACAGACACCAACCCCAACACUGUUUAUGUCAUGGCUCAAUUACCCACAAUCCCAUCUGAUGACCCCACUUACUCCACUGCUCAAUUACCCACAAUUCCAUCUGCUGACCCCACUUACUCUACUGCUCAAUUACCCACAAUCCUAUCUGAUGGCCCCACAGGUUCCACUGCUGAAUUACCAACAAUCUUAUCUGCUGACCCCACAAACCCUUGUGAUGAUGGUACUUAUUCUCUUGCUAAAUUGCCCACAAGCCCCUCUGAUGAUAAUGCUUAUUCGUUUGCUCAAACACCCAUAAUAACCCAUUAUGAUGAUGGCACUUAUUCCUUUGCUAAAUUACCGACAAACCCUUCUGAUGAAGGUACCUAUUCUCUUGCUAAAUUACCCACAAGCCCCUGUGAUGACCCGACAUACUGUACUGCUGAGUUACCCAUAAGCUCCUGUGAUGAUGGGAACUAUUCUCUUGUUCAGCCACCAACAGACUCCUCUGAGAAUCCCUUAAACUGUACCACUGCAUUAUCCCCAAACCUCACUGCCGAACUGCUCAACAAUCCCUGAUGAUGCAAACUGUCCUAUUGAUGCCUGUAUUGAGAUCAAAGUAAUCAGAACAAUUUGAAAACAUUUAUUAUUGUCAAGCGACACUUAGACUGACCAUAGGCAGACUGACCCCACAUUGACCAUAUGAGCAGCACCCCCAAUGUGAGCCAGUCGCCCGGCUAACCCAUAGUCCCCAAUACACACCAGAAUGCUCCUUA